AUGACUAGAAUGCGAGCUUUCGUGACCGAUGGCAGAGGAAGCGGGUCUGUCCAGUCAGUUCCUCGUCCAAACCCGCGAGAAGGAGAAGUUCUUGUCAAGAUUCACUACGCGGCUCUGAACCCUGGUGAUUGGAAACUCGUUGAAGGCGAUGUGUUGGACGGACCAGCACAGCCGGGUCUCUUCGCCGGCUGUGACUUCGCCGGCACCGUUGAGGACCCCAACGGCUCUGACUGGAAGAAAGACCAGAGAGUUGGCGGCUGGGUUCAUGGCGCAACCUUCGAAGGCAUCGGAUCUUUUGCAGAGUACAUGAACAUCGAAGCAUCACUCGUAUUUGCCAUACCCGACAACAUCAGCUUGCAGCAGGCAUCGACUAUCUCACUUGCUUUUGCGACGGCCACACAAGCCAUGUAUCGGCACCUGUCGCUACCUGAACCCUACCAGUCUAAAGAAGACAAAGUGGACUUUUUGGUGUAUGGUGCUUCCACGAGCGUUGGCCUGUACGCUGUUCAACUUGGCAAGCUCAGCGGUCUUCGUGCCAUUGCAGUGGCCUCAUCCAAGAACCAUGACCUCCUCAAACGGCUGGGUGCCGAGGUCACGGUCGACUACCACGAUGAAGAUUGGGUUGAACGUGUCAAAGAGACUACUGGGGGGGAACUGAGAUAUGCCCUCGAUAACAUUGCAGAUGGAGGUUCUCCGGACAAAGUAGCCCGCUGCCUGGCUCACAGCACAGGAUCUCAGCUGAUUGCUCUAUCGCCACUCGACAAAGAGUCUAUUCGCACCGUCAAUCCAUAUGUCAAAGCCGAGUCUAUGCUUGCUUUUACUGUCUUUGGCAGGGCGUUGGGUGAGGAAUACACAGUGUUUGACAAUACAGGUCCCGAGACACCAGACGAGAAAAGUGCCUGGGAGAAGUACCUACGACUAGUAACGGUGAUGCUGGAGAGGGGCGACCUUGAGGCGAACCCGGUAAUAGAAGUUGGAACUCUGGAAGAUGUUGGUGAAGCCUUUCGGUUGAGCAGAGAAGGGCAGCUGUCAGCUGAGAAGGCCGUUCUGAGGGUCAAUACGGAAUUCGGAAGCGAUGAGUAG